AUGCCAGAGCUGCCAGAGGUUGAAGAAAGAAGACCCCAAGAGCUGCCAGAGUUGAAGAAAGAAGAUCCCCAAGAGCUGCCAGAGUUGAAGAAAGAAGAUCCCCAAGAGCUGCCAGAGGUUGAAGAAAGAAGACCCCAAGAGCUGCCAGAGUUGAAGAAAGAAGAUCCCCAAGAGCUGCCAGAGUUGAAGAAAGAAGAUCCCCAAGAGCUGCCAGAGAGGUUGAAGAAAGAAGAUCCCCAAGAGCUGCCAGAGGUUGAAGAAAGAAGACCCCAAGAGCUGCCAGAGUUGAAGAAAGAAGAUCCCCAAGAGCUGCCAGAGUUGAAGAAAGAAGAUCCCCAAGAGCUGCCAGAGGUUGAAGAAAGAAGAUCCCCAAGAGCUGCCAGAGAAGCUGAAGAAGGAAGACUACGACUAGAAGCUGAAGAAGGAAGACUGCGACUAGAAGCUGAAGAAGGAAGACUGCUACUAGAAGCUGAAGAAGGAAGACUGCUACUAGAAGCUGAAGAAGGAAGACUGCUACUAGAAGCUAAAGGAAGAAGAUUGCGACUAGAAGCUAAAGGAAGAAGACUGCGACUAGAAGCUGAAGAAGGAAGACUGCGACUAGAAGCUGAAGAAGGAAGACUGCGACUAGAAGCUGAAGAAGGAAGACUGCGACUAGAAGCUGAAGAAGGAAGACUGCGCCUAGAAGCUGACGAAGGAAGACUGCGACUAGAAGCUGAAGAAGGAAGACUGCGACUAGAAGCUGAAGAAGGAAGACUGCGACUAGAAGCUGAAGAAGGAAGACUGCGACUAGAAGCUGAAGAAGGAAGACUGCGACUAGAAGCUGAAGAAGGAAGACUGCGACUAGAAGCUGAAGAAGGAAGACUGCGACUAGAAGCUGAAGAAGGAAGACUGCGACUAGAAGCUGAAGAAGGAAGACUGCGACUAGAAGCUGAAGAAAGAAGACUGCUACUAGAAGCUGAAGAAGGAAGACUGCGACUAGAAGCUGAAGAAGGAAGACUGCGACUAGAAGCUGAAGAAGGAAGACUGCUACUAGAAGCUGAAGAAGGAAGACUGCGACUAGAAGCUGGAGAAGGAAGACAGAAAUUAAGAAAAGUGAAGACUAAGAGAAAACAGGAUAGUAAUGAUGUCAAGCUGAAAGACGAAGAAAGAAAACUGAAGAAGUAA